UGCUCACACACAGACACACGCUCCCACACAACUGUGGAUUGUAGUUAGCUAUUACUUUCAUAUAUUCAGUGUAACUAAAAAUGAGCGAUAACGACAAAGGUCGGGAGUCUCGCUCUGCGUCCAGGAGCGUGAGUCCACGGGGCUCAGGAAAGUCGGCAAGCCGCUCCCCGGCUCUCUCACCAGCCCGUUCAAAAGAAGGCUCCCGCCACUCCCGUUCCAAAUCUCGGUCCCAGUCCAGGUCAAGGUCUGGGUCCCAUUCUCGCCGUGGUUCACGCAGACACUACAGUCGAUCUCGUUCCCGCUCAAGGUCCUAUCAUCGCCGAUCCCAUAGCAGGUCCUACAGUGGAGAGCAUCGGCGCAGGAGCCAUAGCCGCUCACCCAUGUCCAAUCGCCGUAGGCACAUCGGCAACCGUGCAAAUCCAGACCCAAACUGCUGCCUGGGAGUGUUUGGCCUGAGCUUGUACACCACAGAGAGGGAUCUGAGGGAGGUGUUCUCUAAAUAUGGCCCCCUUGCUGAUGUCAGCAUCGUGUAUGACCAGCAGUCGAGGCGCUCCAGGGGCUUUGCCUUUGUUUACUUCGAAAACACAAAUGAUGCUAAAGAGGCAAAGGAACGAGCCAAUGGCAUGGAGCUGGAUGGUCGUAGGAUCAGGGUAGACUUCUCCAUCACAAAAAGACCUCACACCCCAACCCCUGGAAUCUACAUGGGCCGACCCACAUAUGGUGGAGGUGGUCCCAGUGGUCCUCGACGUCAUUCACGUGACUACGACCGUGGGUAUGAUCGCGGAUAUGACCGAGGCGGCUAUGAUCGCUAUGAUGACAGGGACUACUACAGAUCAUACAGAAGGCGAUCCCCAUCACCAUACUACAGAGGAGCUUACAGGUCUCGGUCCAGAUCACGGUCUUAUUCUCCCCGUCGCUAUUGAACGUUGCUGUCAAGCAAAAACCCCUCCUCUACCCAAGCACAGACAGGAAAUGUUUGAGUGGUAUGAUUGAUUUCAGAACAGAUGUUCUUUCUUAUGGUGACCUUCACACCUCUGUUUACUGAUGUACAUGACCAGUAAAUGUAAACUGACUCAAGCCGUUCCGCACAUGUUUUUAAUUUUGAAUGUAUAGGCGACCCCUGCCGUAAAUGUUAUAUUAAUGUUUUGAUUUUUUGGAUACAAAUUGAGUGAAAAUUCACCUUUUGAACAGAUUAAAAGCGGGAUGCAUUUUUUCA